ACCAUUUUGGUAAACAGCUGCAGGCACGUAUCUUGACCAUCUGAAGCAUCCUUCUGUUUCAUUUUGGGAUUGUGAGUAUGCUCUCUCAAGUUUUACCACAGAUGAAACAAUUGUACUGGUAUUCAGGUUCUUUCUGGGCUUACCACUGAAACCCUGCAUGGCUUCGUGCCUCAGCUGAAUAAGCAACUGCCCUGUCUGUAAGUUCUCUCUGCAGGCCAUUCUUCAAGAGCCUCCACCAUUUCAGAUGAGGUAGGUGCUAACUAGGGUGCAGAUCUUCUCAGAGCUUCCCUUCCCGGCAUUUAUGGAGUGGCUUCCUUUGGACACUUGUCUGUCACUUCUUUUUGGAGCUAAACAAAUACCUUUUUUUAUUUUCCAUAACUUCUAAUUAAACUGUGGCAUUUAUUCUGCUGUUUAAUCACAGUGGCUCUAUUUCCUUCUGUGUAGUUUGUGUAAGGUGUCCUUGAAGAGGAACAGCAGAUUCUGAAAGACCAUGUGUCUCCUACCUGGCUGCGGUCUCCACAUCACCACUUUUGUGUUCCUCCUUGUGAUGUUGCCUGUUGUUGAUGCCUCUGCAGAAACGUCUACUGUCAUAAACUUGGCUGCUUCCCUCAAACAAAAGGCUACAGAAUGGGACCAAGAGCUGUGUGCUGCAGAAGGUGCCUGUAAACCUCGCAGAGAUUUUCAGCCUGAAUUUAAUAUCCGCCUUCCAAAGAUCAAUAAAGAAGACAAAUGCUCUCCCGACGAUGGAUUUGAAAAGGAAACCUGCCUGAGAGGGCUUUCAAGUGGACUUUAUCAAUUUCGGGUGUUUUUGGAAUAUCUACAAGAAUCACUCAGUAUCAGUGAGACACCACCAGUUAAAUAUAUUUGGCCAACAACAGAGAACCUGGCAAGUAGUUUGAUGUCAAUGAUGCAGAAUUCUAAGACUGUGACCCCUCUUGAUCCAGAUAACGCAGACUUUUACUCUAAAAAACUAGCAAGCUAUAGCAACUGGCAAAAAAUACUUAUUCAGCAUGUCAUACUUCAAAAAUAUAUUUCAUUUAUGGAGAAAAUUGUAGGUGCGUUUAGAUACAUGUAGUUCUCGUAUCUACACAAUGUAAAUAAAGUACACCACUUAAAAUUAGGGCUGCAAACAAGGGCUUACAAGGGGUACAAACAAAUCAGUCCCUAAGCUAGUAGGCACUUACCUAUAAAUUUAUUUUAAAAGAAAGCCAAUUAGUGAAGGAAGGUAUGAACUGUUGUAAAUGAAUAAAUACAUAAAACAAAUGCCUUAAAAA